UUUUUCUAUUCCUGGUAGGCUGUAGCUUCUUCAACUGUAUGUAUAUUUUACACUCCGCGUAUACCCCUCUCUAUCACAAUUCACAACAUAACAUUUCUCACAAAUUCACUCCACAUUUAUUUACACCACAAAUCACUCACUACCCUUUUCUCUAAACACAAUUUCUUAGAACCCCAUCACUCUUUUUCACUGAUUAAUCGACAAAGUUCGAGUCUUUUUCACUAAUGUUUCUGUAAAGUUUCGAUCUUUACUGUUUUUUAUCACUAAGGUUGUGUUUUUUGACUGCAAUGCCGGAAAUUAAGGGAUUUUUGUGGGUUUCUCAGCCGAUCGGCGUCUCGUCGGCGGUGAAUUGAGAGAACCAAUGUUUGUUUUGUUGUUGUGGUGAAUGAUUAAUGGUAUGGAGUUGAAGAUUAGUGGUUCUAAUCGAUGUAUGUUUGUGAGAUUUUGUACUGCCAGGCCCAGAUUUACUUUUCUUUUUGUUAAGGUUUUACUGGUUCUAGUAUGGUCGGCUGCUGGUUAUGCCCUGUCCCAAGAACAUGAAUUGUUGUGGCAUGACUCUGAAAAGGGAACCAAGAACAUUAAAUCACAUUCUUGUAUUCAUGAUCAAAUAGUUGAACAGAGGAAAAGACCGGGGUUCAAGGUGUACUCGAUCUCCCCACAGGUUUAUAAGGAACAACAUAUUUCAAAACCCCUCCGAAGGAAUGGGAGGGCAUUGCUUGAAGCUUCCGAAUUUUCAGGGAAACAAGACAAUGCAAAGCAGCCUAUUAGAAUUUAUUUAAACUAUGAGGCAGUUGGUCACUCACCUGAUAGAGACUGUCGGAAUGUUGGUGACAUUGUGAAGCUCGGAGAGCCUCCCCUAAAUUCUCAUUCUGACACACCUUCUUGUAAUCCUCAUGGCGACCCUCCCGUCUCCGCUGACUGCUGGUAUAAUUGCACCUUAGAUGAUAUUGCCGGGGAAGACAAAAAGUGUCGCCUUCGUAAGGCUCUAGGGCAAACCGCUGACUGGUUUAAAAGGGCCUUGUCAGUAGAACGUGUAAGAGGGAACUUGCAACUAAGUGGAUAUUCUGCAUGUGGGCAAGAUGGAGGUGUCCAACUGCCACGAGAGUAUGUAGAAGAGGGUGUUGCUGAUGCAGACUUAGUUCUUUUAGUGACUACUCGACCCACAACAGGCAACACACUAGCAUGGGCGGUAGCUUGCGAACGUGAUCAAUGGGGUCGUGCAAUUGCAGGACACGUGAAUGUUGCUCCCAGACACUUGACUGCUGAAUCAGAAACCCUACUUUCAGCUACACUCAUUCAUGAAGUGAUGCAUGUGCUUGGUUUUGAUCCACACGCCUUUACACAUUUUAGGGAUGAGAGGAGAAGGCGUCGCAUUCAGGUCACUGAGCAAGUGAAAGAUGAAAAGAUUGGACGAAUGGUAACACGUGUUGUGCUUCCUCGUGUUGUCAUGCAUUCUCGCUAUCAUUACGGGGCCUUCUCUGAGAACUUCACUGGCUUAGAGUUAGAAGAUGGUGGAGGGCGAGGGACUUCGGGGUCCCACUGGGAGAAAAGGCUUCUAAUGAAUGAGAUUAUGACCGGUUCAGUGGACACAAGGUCAGUUGUUUCAAAGAUGACACUGGCUUUGUUAGAAGAUAGUGGGUGGUACCAAGCUAAUUAUGAUAUGGCCGAUCAUCUUGAUUGGGGCCACAACCAAGGUACCGACUUCGUUACAUCCCCUUGCAACCUCUGGAAGGGAGCGUAUCACUGCAAUGCCACACAGGUGUCAGGGUGUACAUACAACAGGGAGGCUGAGGGUUACUGCCCAAUUUUAAAUUAUAGUGGGGACCUUCCUCAAUGGGCCCAAUAUUUUCCGGAAGCUAACAAAGGUGGCCAGUCAUCUUUGGCCGACUAUUGCACCUAUUAUGUAGCAUACUCUGAUGGUUCGUGCACAGACAUUAAAAGUGCACGACCUCCUGAUCGAAUGUUGGGUGAAGUACGAGGAAGUAGUUCAAGGUGCAUGACAUCAUCAUUAGUACGUAGUGGCUUUGUAAGGGGCUCCACUGCCCAAGGAAAUGGUUGUUAUAAGCACAGAUGUAUAAACAAUACACUAAAGGUUGCAGUCGAUGAUGUUUGGAAAGUAUGUCCUGAACAUGGUGGACCUGUACAGUUUUCUGGCUUUAAUGGCGAGCUAAUAUGUCCAGCCUAUCAUGAACUAUGUAAAAAAGACCCGGUUCCUGUACCUGGAAGAUGUCCCAAUUCUUGUCAUUUUAAUGGAGACUGUAUUGAUGGAAGGUGUCGCUGCUUUCUAGGGUUCAGUGGACGUGAUUGUAGCAAACGUUCUUGUCCUAGUAACUGUAGUGGACAUGGGAAAUGUCUUCAAAAUGGCGUUUGUGAGUGUGAAAAAGGACGCACUGGUGUCGACUGCUCAACAGCUGUUUGUGACGAACAAUGUAGCCUUCAUGGAGGCGUAUGUGAUAAUGGGGUUUGUGAGUUCCGUUGUUCUGACUAUGCUGGCUACACAUGUCAAAACAGCUCCACAAUCUCUUCAAAUCUCUUGAUUUGCAAAGAUCUGCUGGGAAAAGAUGCGUCCAUGCAACACUGUGCUCCUAGUGAAAUGAGUAUAUUGCAGCAAUUAGAGGAAGUAGUUGUUAAGCCUAACUACCACCGUUUAUUUCCUGGUGGUCCUCGGAAAAUUUUUAACUUUUUCAGAGGUGGUGACUGUGAUGGAGCUGCAAGGCGGCUUGCUUGCUGGAUUUCUAUCCAAAAGUGCGACAAGGAUGGUGAUAACAGGCUAAGAGUGUGUCGCUCUGCGUGCCAGUCAUAUAACAAAGCAUGUGGAGCAUCACUCGACUGCUUGGACCAAACUCUGUUCAGCAACGAGGAUGAAGAGGGCCUGUGUACUGGUUACGGUAGCUUGGAUCGUGGCUACAGCGUUUUCUGAAGCAACAUCCUUUGUUUGUGCAAGAAUUCCACAAGAGCGCAUAACUGUAAAUUAUAGGCAUUUAGUUUAUAUAGUAUUUUUUUAGUUUUUUGCUUCCAAUUUUUCUCCCACUAGCAAUUUAUCCUUUUUAGUAGGGAUAGGUGGCACAAAUUUAAGUGUGCGAUAGAGCAGUGUAUCCUUUCCCAGCCCUUGGUUAAUCUAGAUAUAGUAUAGCGGUGGGAGGCCUUAAGGUUAUUAGAACUUUUGAUGUGUAGGAAGUCUGGAUGUAGAAUUGUAGCUCGAAAUGUAUGUACAAGGAAGGAAAAGAUAACAAAAAAGAAAAAAAAAGAUGAUAAUCAGGUUUAUUAAUGAAUGAUGAAAUUUAGGCCGAAGGCCUGAAAGUUAAA